AUGUCAGUCGGCCUCUACUACACUCCGGGAAGUAGCCUUUGCAGAACUGUCCUUUUGGCAGCUAAAGCUAUUGGUGUAGAUUUAAAUUUGAAACUUCUAGAUAUUGCUGGAGGAGAACAACUUAAACCGCAAUUUAUUAAAUUUAACCCGCAGCCUACAAUACCAACUCUAGUUGACAACUACUUCGUAGUUUGGGAAAGUAGGGCCAUCAUCACAUAUUUGCAAAAUAAGUAUGGUAGAAAUGAUUCCUUAUAUCCAAAGGAACCGAAGAAACGAGCAAUUGUGGAUCAAAGACUGUAUUUCGACAUGGACCUAUUUUCGCGUUUCCAUCAAGUUUAUAACCCAAAGACUUUAGCUGCGGGACAUCCAGAUCCAGAAAUUGUUAAAAGUGCUAAUGAGGGCUUAGAAUCUUCAGAUACAUUUUUGAAUAAGUCCGAAUUCGUUGCAGGCGACCAACUUACUUUAGCUGAUCUAGCCAUAGUGACUCAAAUAUCUUGAAUUAGUGAAUCAUGACAUAUCCUCCUACAAGAAUAUCCAAAAGUGGCUCGACAAAGUCAAAGUGACUGCUCCAGGUUACAAGGACGCCAAUGAAGA